ACUCGCCCGGGAAAAGGAAUCUCCGUCCAAGUCCGUGAAGAGUCCGCAUCGUGAGGCGACUGAAAGCAACGUUGAAGAUGAGGACGAGGAUGAUCAGGAGUUCGUCGAUCAUGAAGAGAUGCGGCGUCGUCUUGAACGGCGUCUCGGACUGUGCUGUUACGAAGCGACAGGAGGACGAUGUUGAUGAGUGGAAAGAACUGGCUGCCGUUGUCGGAUCGCGGUAUAUCUCGGCCGCCCAUCUCUACCCGGCCUUUGCUGCCACUGUAGCUCGGCAGAAUGUGUCACCCUCGGCGCUGCUGCUGUGCCUCAUCUACAUUGACCGCCUGCACGAUGCCAAUCCCAGCGUGAAUGUCGAUCACUUUCUCACCUCCUCGGAUCUGUUUAUCGUCUCCUUGAUGUCGGCCUGCAAAUUUCUUUAUGAUGUGGGCGAAGUUGGCGAUUGUUACAACGGCACCUGGGCGCGGGACUUCGGUAUACCGAUUAAACACCUGAACAAACUGGAAUUCCUCUUCCUGGAUGCCUUACAGUGGAAUCUUCAUGCCGACAGUGCGGAUUUCGAUGCCAUGAUGCAUAACGUGGAAAGCGAAAUCACCCACUUUGGAUGCCAGUUUCGUGAUUAUCUAACGUAUUCCGAUCUCCUGGUGCUUUCGAUGCCCGGUGGAUUCUCGGUGUCUCAAUGA